UGUGGUUCAGCAACGCCGAAGAAAAAUCAGACAAGAAGCCCCUCCGGCCCUCGCCCUCCCUAGUCCCUAUUCGCCGCGCCCGCGCCCGCGCCGUCUCGAGGUCCGCCGGUCUCCUUCCGCCGCAAGCUUUGCUCCAUUCCACCGCCGCCUCUUCCGCCUCCGUCGGCAAAAUGCCGGUCUACAGCAUCCGCGGCGUCAACGUCGACUUCCCCUUCGACGCCUACGACUGCCAGAUCACCUACAUGGACCGCGUCAUCGAGUCCCUGCAACAGGGGAAGAACGCGCUGCUGGAGAGUCCUACGGGUACGGGGAAGACACUGUGCCUGCUGUGUGCGUCGCUCGCGUGGCGCCGCACUUUCGGCGAGUUCCUGCGGGUCGGGCGUGGGGGCGGUGGGACUAAGCAGUUGCCCUACGGGAGUCAGCCGUCCGCUAGCCAGCAGUCAGAGGACUCUACGUCUCAGAAGCAGCAGCAGUCGCGGUACCCAGUCAUCAUCUACGCCUCACGGACCCACAGCCAGCUUCGGCAGGUUAUCAAGGAGCUCAAGGCUACCAGCUACAGGCCGAAGAUGGCAGUGCUAGGUUCCCGUGAGCAGAUGUGCAUCCACGACGAAGUGAGCAAACUCCAUGGAAGAGCACAGAACAAUGCCUGUCACUUCCUCUGCAAGAAACGACGGUGCCCUCAUAAUAACCAUGUUGCUGAGUUCAUAAAAAACAAACCUGAGCUUGGGAAUGAGCCUUUUGAUAUAGAAGAUUUGAUAAAUAUUGGGAGGCAUAAGGGCCCGUGCCCAUAUUACAUCUCCCGGGAACUUUCAAAGUCGGUUGAUAUUUUGUUUGCCCCUUACAACUAUCUUAUUGAUCCGGGAAACCGUCGUUCCCUAAAUGGCAUACCAUGGGACAAUGCAGUACUUAUAUUUGACGAAGCACACAACUUGGAGAGUAUAUGUGCAGAUGCAGCCUCUUUUGAUUUAUUUCCGAAUAACCUCACAGCUUGCAUAGCGGAAGCUCAUGAAUGCAUCAAACUGUGUUCAGCAAAGAGGUCCAUUGAAAAUUCUGCUGAUAAACAAUUUGAUCCUGAAAACUAUGCAAUCCUCAAAGCUCUUUUAAUGGCACUUGAGAAAAAAAUUGCUGAGCUGUUAAUUGGAUCCGAGUUGGGCUACACAAAAGCUGGGAGUUACAUAUACGAUUUUCUCUCUGAACUGAACAUUACAUCAGACACAUCCAAAAAACUGAUUGAGACAAUUGAUUGUGCUUCUUUGCUACUAGAGGAAGGAAAUUCUGCUCAAACUGGGCCAGGGGUCCAGGCAAAGGCUGCAGUGUCUAGAUUGGAGUCAAUUAGGGACAUGUUAGACAUAAUUUUUAGGGGUGGUGGUCAAAACCAUGCAAAAUAUUAUCGAUUUCAUGUGAACGAAUCUCAACAAACACAUGGAGAUGCAUUGAAAUUUUUGGGUAAGUCUUCAAGGACCCUUAGUUGGUGGUGUUUCAACCCGGGGCUGGCGAUGGAAGAAUUUCUCAAGUUGGGUGUGCGCUCUAUCAUAUUAACCUCAGGCACCUUGUCUCCGUUGGAUUCACUAGCCAUGGAACUAAACCUUGAAUUCCCAGUUAGACUAGAAAAUCCGCAUGUCAUUUCUUCAGACCAAGUCUGGGUUGGAGUUGUGCCUGUCGGCCCUUCGGGACAUGCUCUUAAUUCUUCUUAUCGUACGCGUAAUACUAUACAAUAUAAACAAGAGUUGGGCACUGCAAUAGUAAAUUUCGCACGCAUUGUGCCAGACGGACUCCUUGUUUUCUUCCCUUCAUAUUCUAUGAUGGACAUGUGUGUUGACUUCUGGAAAAAUAGGAACCAUUCAAAUUCAGCGUCUGAGAACACAAUUUGGCAGCGGAUCUGUAAGCACAAGCAGCCAGUUAUAGAGCCUAGGCAGUCAUCAAACUUUCAGAGUGCAAUUGAGGAUUAUAGAGCCAAAUUACACGAUUCUUCUUCUGGGGCAAUAUUUUUUGCAGUUUGUCGUGGCAAAGUUAGUGAGGGUCUUGAUUUUGCUGAUCGUGCUGGGAGGGCAGUAAUAGUUACUGGAAUGCCCUUUGCUACUCCAACUGAUGCCAAGGUUCGGCUCAAGCGCGAGUAUUUGGAUAAGCAGGGGACACCAUCUAAUAAAAACACAAAGAUGUUGACAGGAGAAGAAUGGUAUGUGCAACAAGCAGCACGGGCUGUCAAUCAGGCUGUUGGACGUGUUAUCAGACAUCGCCAUGACUAUGGAGCUAUUAUUUAUUGUGAUGAAAGGUUUGUGUGGCCAAAUUAUCAAUCUCAGAUGUCAUAUUGGCUCCGACCUCAUAUAAAGUGCUACUCAAAGUAUGGGGAAGUAGUCCAAGGAUUGACCCGAUUUUUUCGAGAUAAAGCUUCUUCAGAUCCUUUGACACUAGAGCCAACAGAUUGUAAUAGAGGCCAACAACAGGGACUGUUUCUUGAGCCUAUUUUUAAGCCAGCUUUCGGCCGGAGCGAGGGUCAUGUGAUCUUGAGCGAUUUCAAGUUUAUGCAGCAACUUCUUUGCCAGACAAAGCUGAGAGACAAUAUGCCCUACCUGCUUAUCACUCCAGAUUGUAUAGCACCACCAGCAAACAAACACAUGCUUAAAGAGAAGCUAUCAGAUUUGGCUGCCAGUGCACAAGAUGAGUGCCCACAAAUCACAUUAUCAGGAAAUUCAACCAUGAGAAGAAGUAACUUCAUGAAGUUGGCUCAGAUCACUCCUGCUAAUCGUUCAACCCUUACUACAAAACACAACUUUGUGUCUACAUCUACGAAGCACAACCUCCCAGAAGACCAGCUGUCACAGGAUACCAAUGUUGAUAUUACUGUUGACUUGGCAAUACAAGGGCAUUUGAAGGAACAUACCUUCAAGUCUUUAGGGCUUAAGAAAGCUAAAACAAUGGACAGAUCCAAAGAUGCUGUUGUUUUAGAUGACGUCUCUUCAAAAUUGCCUCAAAAUAUAGGGUCAAGAGCUUUGGCCAGAUACCAAUGUGGUGGACCUACACCUGAAUCAAAGAAAAGCACUAUAGCAACAGCAUGCGGAAAGAAUGAUGGGGCCUGUGAAAAAACUGAAGGCCAGGAAUCUAACUCAGGGCCAGCCUUCUUGAAGCUGGUUCAAGAAAAGCUUAGUCCUGCAGAGUACACAGAGUUUGUUGAAUACAUGAAGGCCUUAAAAUUGAAAACUAUGCAUACCAAGGACUCACUUGAAGCAAUAACUAAGCUUUUUUCGUCCCCAGGAAGACUUCCACUUCUUGAAGGGUUCAGGGUUUUUGUUGCAAAGAACCAUCUUCCAUUAUAUGAGCAGCUUGUUCGAAGACACAAUAAUGUUUCUAGUACAUGACAACCACUUCUGCUAUGUUCGCAGGCAUAUUCAGUUUUUUUGUUUGUGCCAUGUAUUUCAUUAAGUGAUAAGUACAGUUUUGGUUGUUUUCAACACUUAACUGUUUAUCAACGGAACAUUAGCAGAUUCUUGGGUGCAUGCAAUUACUUUUGGAA